UUAUAGAUGUACUAAACGUACAUAUACACACACCAUCUUGUUUUUAUGUUCUUUUCCGCUAUUGAUAUAUAAAGGUUACGAAAGUUAACCUCUUUUUCAAAACCUUAAAAAAAACGGUGUGAAUCAUAUUACACAUUGUAAUCUCUCUCACUUUCUGCACUGAAUUUGGCUAUUUGAUAUUUUCUCCAUUUUUAAUGGAGAAAAUAUCAUCUGAUAAUAUUCGUGGACUUAUUCUAGCUCUGGCAUCAAGUAUAUUUAUUGGGUCUAGCUUUAUUAUCAAGAAAAAGGGUCUCAUUAAGGCUGGUGCUUCUGGAACCAGAGCAGGUUCAGGAGGCCACUCAUACUUGAAGCAACCUAUGUGGUGGGUUGGGAUGACUAGCAUGAUAUUCGGCGAAAUAGCAAAUUUUGCAGCAUAUGCAUUUGCUCCGGCUAUUCUUGUUACCCCUUUGGGAGCUUUAAGCAUAAUUGUCAGCGCAGUUUUGGCACAUUAUUUUUUGGGGGAACGGAUGCAUAUAUUUGGUAUGGUAGGGUGUGUGCUUUGCUUGGUGGGUUCAACCACAAUUGUGUUGCAUGCUCCACACGAGACGCAAGUUAGUUCAGUCAAACAAGUGUGGAACUACGCGACCGAGCCAGGCUUUAUAGUCUACGCGUCAUUUGUAUUUGUUCUUGUUGGCAUACUCAUUUACUAUUACCAGCCACUUUAUGGGCGAACUCAUCUAAUCAUAUAUGUCGGAAUCUGCUCUCUUACGGGAUCAUUGACGGUCAUGUGUGUGAAAGCAGUUGGAAUUGCCAUUAAGCUAUCUUUUUCAGGACAUAAUCAGUUUAUAUACUUCGAAACAUGGAUUUUUACCUUGCUACUUCUUGGUUUUUGUCUUAUGCAACUAAACUAUUUGAACAAGGCACUAGACACGUUUAAUACAAAUGUGGUUUCUCCGGUGUACUAUGUCAUGUUUACUACCCUCACCAUCCUCGCUAGCAUAAUCAUGUUCAAGGACUGGAAUGAUCAGAAUGGAACACAGAUUGCUAUGGAAUUUUGUGGUUUUGUGACAAUUUUAUGUGGGACUUUUCUUCUUCACAAAACUAAGGAUAUGGUGGGUUCACGUGUGGGUCCAAAUCUAUUGGACACAAGUACAAACACGAGUGCAAGGAACUCCAGCCAGCUGGAACUCUGACAUGACAAAGUAUGAUUGUAGUAGAAGUCACAUAGCUAGAGGUAUUGUUAAUAGUAACGCAAUAGAACACUCAUAAAAGGCAGCCGAAUGUUACAAAUGGGUUAAAUUAUCUUCAGGAAGCGAAAAUUCUUUGCUUAUGUUCUAUACUAAAAUUUGUAAAUGCAA